AUGUUAUACCAAAUACUAUUAAAUAGACUUUCAGAACUUGAAAAUGCAAGAAAGUUUGAUUGGACGGAAUUUUAUAACAGUACUGUUAAAGUUGAAAAGACGCAAAUCAGAUCAGCAUUUUCAGAUACAACCAGUUCUAACAGUUAUUACAUAUUUAUAUGUUUUUUUAAAGGGUGUAAAGAUAAUGGUGCAAUAUACAUUAAAAGAUCUCACAAUAUCUGCACUCUACUUGAGGAUUCUAUUUUUAAUAAUUGUAGCUCUACAUCAAAUGGAGGAUCAGUUUUUUAUGAUUGCAGAGAAGGAGGACAAUUUGUUCAACAAAGAACAUGUUGUUGUAAAUCAAUCGCGCUGGAUUCCAUAGCAUUUAUGCAAUGGAUUAAACCAUCAUUUUCUUCCAAAAACUAUGCUUUUGAUAUUUCUGUUUCUAAUUGCGGAGUUAAUGAAACAUUUGGAAAGAAAACAUUUGGUUUUACAUGGGGCGAACUUCUUGUUUCCAGAAUCAAUAGCACAUUCAAUAAAUGCAAUCAAAUGUCAUCAAUAAAAAAUACUCUUUCAGGAAGUUCAGGCACAUGCAAUUUCUCAACAUUCAGAGAAAACAAUCAAACUGGGACUAUAUCACUUGGAUUCAAUUGGUAUCGUGGAUUAACUCAAUAUAUAGAAACUAUUUCAUAUUGUAAUGUUAUUGGAAAUAAAUGCGGAACUGGUAGUUACCAAGUUCUGUUCCUUUCCGAUUACACAACUAAUGUUGAUAACUGUAUAUUUGUAAAUAACACUGCAAAGUAUAUGUUUUCGGAAUAUUAUGGAUUUCAUAAUUUGACUAUAUCAGAUUCAUAUGUUGAAUCAACGCCAGAAUUAAAUGGAUGUGGAACUGUUACAUUUACUAAUUUAAAACAAAAUUAUAACUUUAAUGAAUUUUCCCAAUUAUUCACAGAUAAAUGUUUCAUAGAUCCAAAAGAAAUCUCAAAUAAUUUAUCUUAUCUUUCUAAAUAUGCAAAAACUUAUUUGCAGGAAUAUAUUUUCAUUAAAAAAUAA